AUGACUUUUAUUCUUAACAUUAUUAAUUUAUCAUCAUCAUCCGUCCAUACAUCAUCAAUGUCAGCAUGUUCACCAUAUUUCAUUUCAACAAAUAUUGAUAUCCGUACGACUUAUCAAUACAUUCAACCAUGCCCCGUCUCAACACCUUGUCGAUGUUUGUGUGAAAUCGAGAGUAAACGUUUAUGGAUCGAUUGUUUCGAUCAGCAAUUGAAAAUUUUUCCAGUAUUUUCGAAAAUCACAACGGAUAAGGGACGAAUUGAGUGGAAUGUUGAUCUUGCGUUCAAUCAAUUUGAUACCGUGUCGAUGAAACAAUCCAUGUGGGUACCGGAUGACAUGCACAUACGAAAUUUAGUGUUGUCGGGAGCAUUGGCUUAUGAUCUGAUUGUUCAGUUGAAUUUAACUCAUCGAAACUUGAUCAAUCUCUGGCCAAGUCAACGGCACCUGCCAAUUAUUGACGAUCAAUUUGAAUUAUUUGAUGAUUAUCGAAUGGAUCAAUCGGAAGAAGAGGAAAACGAUGAUAUCAAAGAACUUUUUCGAAUCAAACGAUCGAUAUCUCCAGUAAAUGUCGAACGCACGCGUCUUCUAACUGAAUUAACGUUAAAACUCCGUGAGAAAACUAAACGUAUUACGACAUUUACUUUACCCUUAGCCGGUGAACCUUCACCAGUAUCAAAUCUUUAUCUCGAUCACAAUUCUCUCGAUUCGAUACCUCUUCAAGCCUUAUAUAAUGCGACAGGUUUACAAGAAAUCUAUUUAUCAUUCAACAAUAUCAUUCAUUUACCAGCAUACGCUUUCGGCUUCGCUCAUCAUUUGACUCGUGUUGAUUUGUCAUAUAAUCGAAUCAUUUCAAUCGAUAAUUCAACAUUUCAACGACAUCCCAAAGCCUUCGCUGGUCCAUUUCUUAUCGAUUAUCUCGACUUAUCUCAUAAUCAAAUCGCUAUCUUAGAAGAGAAUGUCUUUUCUUAUUUAGUCAAUCUACGUUUGUUAAAAUUAGAACAUAAUCAGAUUCAUUCUAUCUCUGCACACACAUGGACAGGUCUAUAUCGGUUGAAAUAUCUCGAUUUAUCUCAUAAUUCCAUCGAAAAUUUCACUCAAGCGUUCUACAGCGGCUAUCUCAAUGAAUUAAAUCAUCUGAAGGUGACGUCGAAUAGCUUAACACAGAUCGGCUCUUGUGAAUUUUUAUCACUAAAACGCUUAACCAAACUCAAUCUAAGUGGAAAUAACAUCACAACCAUCGAUACUUGUUCAUUCUAUGGUCUUCAUCAAACAAAGAAAACUUCACCAUUGAAUGUUCAUCUACGUGCUAAUCAACUCGAAGCAAUUCAUCCAUGUACAUUCAAAGAUUUCGCACGAUCAACUGUCUAUUUGGAGAACAAUCCAUUGGUAUGCAACUGUUCAUUUAAUUAUCUUCUACAAAACCAGCAAUCAAUUGCAUACACAGGACAGGAAUGCCGAGGCGGAUUUGUUUAUCAAACCGAGCAACAAGUAGGUUUGCCUGCUAUCCGAAAGACAAAUUCAACAACGAUGAAAAAACCAUUAAACAUUUCAACAACAUGUCGAGACGCUUACAGAACUUAUCAAGACCUAUGUCUGAAAACUGAUUGUCUUAACGAAUGUGCUCCCAAUGAACGUUUUAUUAUCCAAGUGACGACAGUACCUCCUCCAAGUGGUGUCGUAUUUCUCUACAAUCGAACUUCACUUUUGAUGAUUGUAAUUGUUCUUGUUCAUUAUAGUCGUUUUCUUUUCAUUUGUAAUAUUUGUGAUAUAUGA